CUGAAAUCUUUUAAUAAUGAUGGCAGGAUUUGAUGAAUUUAUGACUAAAAAUGCUAAUAAUACUGAAACUGAUCUUAAAGAACGUAAGAGAGUAUAUCAUUAUCAUUAUUCUAAAGAAUUUAAUGAAGAAGAAACUAAACAAGAUAAUAAUAAUUCAUCCGAUAUUGGAAUUAAAGCGGAUGAUGAUAUUUUCGUAAUAAUGUCUUGUUUGUUAAAUCGUUUAAAAAAAAAUUCUAUUCUUUAUUGGAAUAAAUUUUCUCAAUAUCCUCCUCAAAUCAAAUUAUUAUCAUUUACUAUUAUCAUAAUUUUGUUAUCCAUUUAUUUUAUGAUUCCAACCUCUCAACCAUCUUAUUUUAUAAAAAAAUUCGCUGAUUCCACAAAUGAUAUCUUUAGUGAAAUCAAUACAAUUGAUCUUCCAGCUUCGGAUGCGAUUAUGGCACAUACAGUAUCAUGCCGACGUGCUGCAAACAUGAUAGAAAGAAGUCCAGCUUUUAAAAAUAAUGGAAAAAUGAUUGCUUCAAAUUUAAGAUUAUUUGGAGAAAAAGUUAUGAUAGCAGGUCAAGAUUUACGUAAAAUGUAUCGUAAAGGUUCUUUUGUUUUUACAGCUUUUGAUAUAGAAAUUGAUGCUAUGAUGAAAAAAUUGGAAAAAUUAGAAUAUGGUGAUAUAAAAUAUUUUAGUAAUAGAUUAAAUAAAUUAGCUGAUAUAAUUAAAGAAUUUCGUAUUAUGGUAGCAGAUACAAUUAAAAGUGUAACAGAUGCUGAAAAUACUAGAGAUGGUACUGAAAAAUAUAUUAUUGAAGGUAUAAGAGAAGCUGAAAAUUUUAUUGUUGAUUUUAAAUCAAAUUCAGUUGAAAUAACUAAAUCAAAAGUUGACCUUCAAAUUACAAAUGAUAUUAUGAAACAUUUACAUAAUGCUGCUUUACAUUUAGAUAAAGUUAAUAAGAUUUUAAUAGAUUAUGAAGAUAAAUUAUAUGAUUUAAGUACUGAAAUGAGUCAAAUUACAACAGGAGGUUAUGAUGAUAUUCUUAACCUAUCUAAAACUGAUCUUAAAUAUUUAAAAAAUUCCGUAGAUAUUUUGAAAAAGACUCAUGAUAAAUUUGUUCGAAAAGAGAAUUUAAUAGAAGGUUGAAUGAGGAAGAGAUGAGGGGAGUGAGAAGGAAAAGAGCGAGGACUAAGAGGAGAAUAUUAUAUGAAUAUUAUAUGAAUAUUACAUUAAUUAUGAGUAUUCAAUGCGCGUUUUAUAUAUGUAAUACUUUUAUUUUUUAUUUUACGUUAAAUUUAUUUUUUUAAUUAAAUGAUACUUUUUUUCCUAAAUGAAUUAAAUGAAUCAAUCUCUUUCAUUUUCGUCAUCGCUUUCGCUUUCACUUUCACUCUCGUUUUCACUACCAUCACAUCUUUUUUUCCAAUCCCAAAA